CUACUGGACCAUCGACCAGUAGCAACAAAGGUCGUGAACAGGACAGCAAAACGUGUCAACCAAGAAGCCAGGUGCUGGCAGUGCUGCUGCUCUUCUCCUACACUCACACUCCUCCAUGCCCACUAACCAAUCUCGACUCACCUGUGUCAACCACAGGGUUAACACCCAAAUCACCUUUUAAUCUUCCCCAAAAACAAACAUUAGCCAUCAUCAUCACCAUCCCUCCCCCCUCCCCUGUUUCUUUCUUUUCAUAAUCACUCAAAUUUAGCUUUUCGAAACCAGGCACCAGUCCACUGUGCAUCCAUCUGAGGUUGUAGGAGAUAGAGAGUAAAGGGUCGCUGCACAAACGAACAAACACAGGGCAAGGGUCACCGUGGAAGGAAGGAAGAAGCCCGGAAUCGAACUUGGGAGAUAUGGGUGGUGAGCUAUGACCCAAGAAAUGAACAGAGAGAGACAGAGAUAAAGAGAGCUACACAGAUGUUGGUAUGAUGGUAUGGGUCAAGAAAGAAAGGGUGAAAAGGAGAAGUGAAUGACCCAGAGUUUGAAAUUGGAAGAGAAAGAGAGGGAGACAGGGAGAGAUGGAGAGAGAAGAAAAGGGUAAAGAGAGGGAGGCGGAAAAGCAGGGAGUAAUGGGGAAAAAGUUGAAACGCGGAGGUUUGGUAGGGAAAAGAGGGGGCCCUUGCACUCCAUCGCCCACAUGGAGAAUUGGGUUCUCUGGUGAUAAUGAUGAUGAUGAUGGCCGCGUCAAUUCCAUCAAACAACCUGGCUUCAGGGCCACCGUCUCUGCCAGAAAGCUGGGCGCUAACCUCUGGGAAAUUCAGCCCCACCUCCCUCUUUCUAAGAUGAGCAAAGGACUUCCCCACCGCCGACGCCGCCAUCGCUUCAAGGACCAAUCCUUUGAGCUUCCCACCACUCACUUGCCUCACGACCCUCCCCAUAGCCCAACCGCUCAGCCAGAAAGUGCAAGUAGUUUGAGGAGGCAUGUUGUAGCAUCACUCCUGCAGCACCAUCAGCCGAUUGAAAGGAAUGGACGGGCUCUUGAGCCUGUCUCUCCUGCAAGUUACAGUAGCUCAAUGGAGGUGGCACCCUAUAACCCUGUAGUCCCUCCCUUAAGUUCAUUGAACUUGAAAGAUAGGAUUGGUGAGUCAAGUUAUAAUCUUAAAACGUCUACAGAGUUACUCAAAGUACUCAAUCACAUCUGGAGUCUGGAAGAACAGCAUGCCUCAAAUAUAGCAAUGGGGAAAGCACUGAAAAUGGAACUGGAUCAUUCUCGAGUGCGAAUCAAAGAACUGCUACAGGAGAAGCGAAGAGAUCAGCAAGAAAUGGAUGACUUAAUAAAGAAAAUUGCAGAGGAUAAACUUGUUAGGAAAAGCAAGGAGCAAGAUCGAAUUAAAGCAGCUGUUCAAUCAGUGCGAGAUGAACUAGACGAUGAGAGAAGGUUGAGAAAGCAUUCUGAAAGCCUCCAUCGUAAGCUCGCAAGAGAGCUCUCUGAGGUGAAAUCCUCUUUCUCAAUUGCCUUGAAAGAAUUUGAAAGAGAAAGAAGAGCAAGGAUUCUUCUGGAAGACCUAUGUGAUGAGUUUGCGAAGGGAAUAAGGGAUUAUGAACAAAAGGUACGGUCCUUGAAGCACAAGCCUGAGAAGGAUCGAGCUGGCAAGGAAAAUCCUGAUCGGCUGGUUCUUCAUAUUUCAGAAGCAUGGCUUGAUGAGCGGAUGCAGAUGAAACUCACAGAAGCUCGGUCUGAUACUGCAGAAAAGAAAUCAAUUGUUGAUAAGUUAAGCUUUGAAAUAGAAACCUUUCUUCGAGCUAAAGAAUCUGUUGGUCCUAGGGAAGACACUAAAUCUACUAAAUCAUCCCUGAAUGAACUGAAGGAGAGUUGCUUACGUCGUCAUUCUUUAGAGUCCUUCCACUUGAAGGAGGCUGUAAGUGCACCUAAAAAUGUAGAUGAUGAAGAUUCUACUGGCAGCGAUUUGCAUGGUUUUGAACUGCCCAAUCGUGCUGUAGGAAAGCUGAGUAAUGGCAACUGCAAACAACAUGACAAGAAUGCUCUCAAAGGUCCUCUUGAGGAAGUAAGGAAACUGGAUCCAAAAAAACAAAUUGGGUCAUUGGAAAUUGUCCAGGUUCAUAAUUUGCCCAGCCAGCAAAUGCAGUUUGAAGAACAUAUGUCUGGGGCCAUGCCCUCUAUUGAAAAAAUGACCCAGCUUGCGGGCACAGAACAAAGAGAAAUAGGAGGAGACAGCUCAGUUCAAAUAAAAAACGGCCAGAACUUUGAAAUAACUGGGGCUACGCAGGAAGGUUCAUUGGAAAGAACUAAUAAACAAGUUGAAACCCGGGGAUUGAACUUGAACCAUAGGCUUGAAAACUUGGUCAGAAAUCACUCAUCAUCAUUGCAAGGUGAGAAACUUCGCUCUGCAAAUAAUUGCAGGGGAGACUCCCAUGAUCAGUCUCUAUUUGUGGGUCAUACCAGUCCCGUGCAACAGUGGAGGUCUAGAUUCACAUCUUUGGAUCCUGAAGUCUCUGAAUCAUCUACAAAACGACCUCAAAGCCUAAAGGAGAAUACCUUGAAGGCAAAGCUGCUUGAAGCAAGGUUAGAGGGGCAGCGCUCUCUCUCAAAAGCUUCCAAAGAGUUGCUAAAGAGCAAUACACAAAAUUCAAACCUGGUUAUGAAUGGCUCAAGAGUUGCAGGGAGAUGGAGGUUGCUCAGAUUUGACUAAAAAAUAAGGCUAAUGAUCCCAGUCCUCAGAUUGUUGCUCGGAGCAGGAAAACAUGUGGGGGUGAGAAGCAGAGAAGAGGACUAGCCCAUCUGAGCCAAGUUAUCAGUUCGAGCUCGGCUGGAUUGCUUUGAAAGGAUCUUAAAUAUGUUGAGUUUGGCUCAUUUAGCAUAUAUAUAUAUAACUCAAGCUUACCUUGAGUUUGACUCUACAAAAAUCCUUUUCACAUUAAUAACAAGUCAAGUUUAGGUCUAGUAAAG